CAACAAUGGUUGUGCUCGUGUCCUUCGUCUACUGGAAUAUGGACGAAUUUAAGGGAAAAAGGCGGUUUCCUUUCUCUCCGGAUUACAUUCUCUCAAUUCAAGCUUACUUUUACUGUUUACUACGGAUCACCAGCGUUUCUAGAGCAGUAGUUGCUUCAGACGGCGGCGCUAUCCUUUCCCUGUAGAAGCUGAGUCGGAAAACGAGCUAUGGGAAGGGUUUUUGUUGUGGAAAAGGAAGGGCGAUCGUACAGAUGCAAGUUCUGCAAUACACAGUUAGCUCUCGCCGAUGACCUUGCAUCUCGGACCUUUCAUUGCCGCCGGGGAAAAGCUUACCUCUUCAAUCAUGUGAUAAACAUUUCUUCGGGAGCAUUGGAAGAGAGGAUGAUGCUCUCAGGACUACAUACAGUAGCUGACAUAUUUUGUUGCACAUGUGGCCAAAUUGUCGGGUGGAAAUAUGACGCAGCACACGAGAAGAGCCAGAAAUACAAGGAGGGCAAGUUUGUUCUUGAAAGGUGGAUUUCUCACGUCUGUAAGUUGGUUAACUUGUAUAAAUCUUUUGCAGUCUCAACUAUUUUUUACUUGUGUUGAACCAGGGGGAGGAUCGUCGAUGACACAUUGAAUUUUCGACUUAGUAUCAGUGAUAGCGAUGAUAAUUAGGGUGUGGUGUUACCAUGUUACUAUAUACAAUGAAUCAUGAUAAUUACUGAAUGAUAAUGCUUGAGUUUGUAAAUAAUGUAAUAAUGUCUGGAGUAUGUAAAUGCUGAGCUAUGUAGAUGGGCAUGCCUUUUUCUGUUGAUUCUUC